AUGAAAAUGGAAUUAUUAAAUAUAAAAAACAAUGAUAAUAUUCCAUUGGGCUCAAUGAGAUAUACAGAUUUGCCAUAUGGUUGUGAGAGUGAAUUAUCAUCAAAUGAAGAAUCUCCAUUUUUCUCAGUAGGCGAUUUUACUAACGAAUUACAUAGCAGUUUUGAUGAUAUUUCUGACUAUAUAUUAGUAGAUGAGUCAGAUUUAAAAAGAGACAGAUCAGAGAAUACAACAGGAAGUGAAAGUAAUGUAAUGUUAGCAUCUAUGCGAGGCGAUGAUAAAAGAGGUGGUAAUGAAAAAAUAAAAAAGGAGUUGAAAAGUUUUAGUUAUUCUGAAGAAAGUAAGACAUGUAGUGAUAAUACUCAUAAUGAAGAUGGAAGUAAAAAACAAAAUUUUAGUAGAACAUUAGGAACAGAAGGAAGAAAAAGAAUGUUAAAAUUAUUAAGAAGAGCAUAUAAAUAUAAUGAUGAAUGUAAGAUAAUAAUGAAAAAUAAAAACCCACCAUUAUCAAUAAGUUUCUUACCUUAUUUUAAUUUAAAUAUGUUAUGGCAACUAGCUGAAGAUUUUGGAGUAUAUAAUGAAGCUUUGAAAAUUCAUAGGGAAUGUAUUAAAAAAAGAAAUGCAAGUGUAAAACUUAAGGCAAGUGCAAGAGCUAGUGCGAAUUAUAAUUUGCAAGAUAUUACAAAGGUAUCAAAAAACACAAAAACUGAAUAUGGAUCAGAUAUUGCAUCUAAUGCAGAUAUGAACACAGCAGAAGAUUAUGACAUGACCAAUGCAUCAGUUAAUGAAGAUGGACAAGGAAAAAGGAAAAGAAAAAAAAUUAGCUUUUAA